ACAAAAAUGUGUCGUACAGCAACUGAAGGGCAGUAAACCUACAAAAUGUUGGCACAUAAAUUAUUUUUUUAUUAAUAUUCUCUUCUAUAAUGUGGGUCGCUAAGCAGUUUCUAACAUCUUUAGCCCAAAGAGCACAGCCUGGCUUAUUUCGAAGGACCCCACACUGCUCCCUCCCCAAAUUUGAGCUCCGUUAUCUGCAGUGCACGUGCUGUUGGAGGAGCCGGGUCCCUGUGUCUGACUUUGACACUUUGAACGCCUCAAUUGUCGGAUCUGCUCCCUGUAAUGACGGCAAGACCCUGGACGCUUACUAUACACCUGAGCAAAAAGAAGUUAUCCUGAAGCUUCUCAACAAUGCACCCCUGCCAGAGCUGUCCGGUGUCAAACUCCUCCGCGGGCGUAAAUCCAUCAACAUUGUGGAGUACAGGACAAAAAAUGGGCCAUUUAAGACUCUGGAAAGUGUGGUGAAUGUACCACUCCUCAAACACAAAAGUGCUGUAGUUGUGUUCAACUCUAUUCUUAAUCCGGUGAAAAAGGAACGGAAGGUGAAGAUUAAUCUAGCCAAGUUUAUCAGACCUGAGGUGGACAGGUCCUGGCUGAAGGAUGCCGGUUCUAUAGUUUCCAUUGUAUGUGGGACAAAUAAAAUCGCCUGGGCUCACGUCGAUCGGGGGAUGACUCUUUUGGAUUGGCAGCAGAAGGACUGCCCCAACUUUCUCAAAGGAACAUACAUGGCUUCUUUCUACCUCACUGAUGUUUCUACAGUCGUGGAUCACCUCCCAGAAGCCGACUUCUACAUCAUCGAGAAGUCUUCCAUCUCCGUUCAGAACACGUCUUUGUUCCCCAUAAUGGCUCAUAUGAGAACAGUGGAGGCGAUGCUUUUCGCUUUGUUGGAGCCGAGAGUCCCACAACCAGAACCAAAUAUCCCUCCAAGAGUUCUGAACAUGAUGCGCACGGCUGUGGGGCGACACUUCGGGCUCAUGGUGGGUGAGUCUCGGACCAGUGGGGCUCAGACUGUGAGAAAACUAAUGACAGAAUCAGUGACUCAAAAGCUGCCGAGGAUUAACUUUCCUUCGGAGCUCUUGGUCAAACACCGGAACUCAUUUGAGAUGGGGAGCCGCCGCACGGGGGAGGAGCUGUGCGACGCUCUGCUUCAGGCCGUGGCUUUUUACGAACUGCUCAGUGAAUCGUCUGGAUAAUGGGACAAGUCACCGUCUUCACUAUUGACCUUACUCAGCCCUGCCCACUUUUUCUGUAAGUGCAACUAAACGGAGCUUUCUUUGUAGUAGCACGUCCGAUUAAGUGGAGAACCUGUUCCUUUCAAUGGAGAAUUUGGGAAAAGUUUUGGUUGGUUUGUGUCAAAUGUUCAAUGUUUAUGUGCAACGGCAAGUCAAGACUGGACCGAUUCUCUGGAGGCUUUAAAACGGCUCUUUAGUCCCUAUUGAACUUAUUUGCUGUCAAGAUCAGCAGCUCCAACAAAAUAAUAACAAAUAACGAUGGCGGUGCUCACAGCAACUUCCAGCAUAACGUCAAUAUCCACUUUCAACAUAUGAGAGCUCGAACAAUGUUUUUUUGGGGGUCUUUAUUUAUCGCAAGUACAUUUUUUUAUAUGUUCUGUUCUAUGAUCAGAUUUGAGCUGUAGAAGAUUGAAUUAUAAACUUCUAUGACUCAUUAUAGACACAAACUAACAUGUUACAGCUUUUUUUUUCAGAAACAUUUUUUACAUUUUGAAUAUUUUUGGGGGGAUAAUUCUGCUUUAUGAUUUGUUACAAAGUACAGAUACCAGAGCAAAAAAAAUAAAUAAUGUAAAUGUUUUUUCAAAUGUACUUAUAGAGUAUAAAGUAAAAGUAUUUUGUGCAGAUUUUGAGAUCUAAUGAAGCUUCAAAUAGUGAUUGGUUCUGAAUUUUGUUCAACAGAAACAAAUUAAUCUUUUUUAUUUUAUUUGUAUAUAUUUUUUUUUUUACAAAUACAAUAAACGUGAUAAAAACCCUGAGCCUUUUCAGCAGGUCUCAAACUAUAAUAAAAAAUACUUUUACUUUUCAGUCCUGUUAAAAUACGUAGUGGAGUAGAAAGUACAGAUACUGCUCUCAAAUGUACUCAAGUAAAAGUAAACACUAUCCACUUAAACGUACUCAAGUAUAAAUGUUAGGUAUUCAUACUUUACUUAACGACAAUACUACUUUUACUUUCUGUUCCACCACUGUUUACUUGAACGACAUGUCAGAAUGUGUUAUCGUGACAGGUUAUACACGCUGGGAAAAUACACACACCACACAAGAAACUAAAGAUGGAUUUUCAGGAUGCAAUUCUGCUGCUGCAAAACUUUUAAUGCACUUCAGGUUCAUACUUGAUAUUAAACUGCUGGAUAAUUACAUUCACUGUUUUUAUGGUUGGUUUUAAUAAAAUGUACAGUGGAAUAACAGGA